GGAGCCGGGCGGGGGAAGGUCGCUGGGCGGACGGGGAGGAGUGUGCACCCCUCCGCGCGGUGGUGCGCGCCGCGCCCCCUACUCCCAGCGCACCUGGGAGGGACGCGGGGCCCAGCGCGCCGAGUGGCCUUGAUGGCGCCGGCGGGCGGGCUCUCCAGGCUGUGCCCCUCGGGUUGGGCCGCCGCGGCUUUGGUGUGGCUCGUCCUCGGCACCUUGUGCACAGUCCCAGCCAGUGCCAUUCAGGUGACUGUGUCUGACCCCUUCCACAUGGUGAUCCUGUUCCAGCCCGUCACCCUGCCCUGCACCUACCAGAUGACCACAACCCCCACGGCACCCAUCGUCAUCUGGAAGUACAAGUCCUUCUGCCGAGACCGUGUUGCCGAUGCCUUCUCUCCGGCCAGUGUGGACAACCAGCUCAAUGCCCAGCUGGCGGCUGGCAACCCAGGCUACAACCCCUAUGUGGAGUGCCAGGACAGCGUGCGCACUGUCAGGGUGGUGGCCACCAAGCAAGGCAACGCUGUGACCCUGGGGGAAUACUACCAGGGCCGGAGAAUCACCAUCACAGGCAAUGCUGACCUGACCUUUGAGCAGACUGCUUGGGGGGACAGUGGUGUGUACUACUGCUCUGUGGUCUCAGCCCAGGACCUCCAGGGAAACAACGAGGCCUAUGCUGAGCUCAUCGUCCUUGACUGGCUGUUUGUGGUCAUGGUCUCCCUGGCUGGCUUCCUCGUCUUCCUCCUCCUGGGCAUCUGCUGGUGUCAGUGCUGCCCCCAUACCUGCUGCUGCUACGUCCGGUGUCCCUGCUGCCCGGACAAAUGCUGCUGCCCAGAGGCCUUGUAUGCUGCUGGUAAGGCAGCCACCUCUGGAGUCCCCAGCAUCUAUGCUCCCAGCACCUAUGCCCAUCUGUCCCCUGCCAAGACCCCACCCCCGCCAGCCAUGAUCCCCAUGGAGACCAUCUACAACAGGUACCCAGGAGAUUUCGACAGGAACAGCUCAGUUGGUGGCCACAGUUCCCAGGUCCCCCUGCUUCGGGAUACAGACAGCAGCGUGCCUUCGGAAAUCCGCAGUGGGUACAGGAUUCAGGCCAACCAGCAGGAUGACUCCAUGCGGGUCCUGUACUACAUGGAGAAGGAGCUAGCCAACUUUGACCCUUCUCGACCCGGGCCCCCCAACGGCCGGAUAGAGCGGGCCAUGAGUGAAGUCACCUCCCUCCAUGAGGACGACUGGAGAUCUCGGCCUCCCCGGGGCCCUGCCCUAACACCCAUCCGGGAUGAGGAAUGGGACCACCAUUCUCCCCGGAACCCCAGGAGGGAGCUAGAGCCCCUCACCCAGCGGCCGGGCAGCGGCUGGGGGGGCGGACGGCCCCGGGCUCGCUCCGUGGAUGCCCUGGAUGACUUCUCCCUACCUGGCUCUGCUGAAUCGGGGAGGUCCCCCCCAAGCAGCCGGAGGAGAGGCCGGGCCUAUGCUCCCCCCCGGAGCCGCAGCCGUGAUGAUCUGUACGACCAUGACGAUGCCAGGGACUUUCCACACUCUCGAGACCCCCACUAUGAUGACCUCAGGUCCAGAGACCCUAGGCCGCCCCACCACCACCGCUCCCGGGACCCCCGGGAUGACAGGUCUAGGGAUCCCCAAUAUGAUGGGCGGCUUCUAGAAGAGGCCUUGAGGAAGAAGGGGCCCCCAGAGCGGAGGAGACCUUACAGGGAGGAGGAGGAAGAGGAGGCCUAUUACCCUCCAGCACCGCCUCCUUACUCAGAGACCGACUCCCAGGCCUCCCGAGAGCGAAGGCUUAAGAAGAACUUGGCCCUGAGUCGUGAAAGUUUAGUCGUCUGAUUGCAUAUUUUGUAUGUAGCUUUUGUACCAUUUAUUUUUUAACUCGAGGGGAUGAUGAUGCUGUUGUCCUGCUGCCUUAAUAAAAUCUGCCAUCACAAAGUCUAA